CGCCCGCCCCUCAGUCAAGAUGGCGACGCUGAGGGCGGCGGGGGCGGCGCUGCUGCGGCCCCGGGCCGGGCCCACCCCGGCCGCGCUGGGCUACCACAAGAAGGUGGUGGAUCACUACGAGAACCCGCGCAACGUCGGCUCCCUCGACCGCAACGCCAAGAACGUAGGCACCGGCCUGGUGGGCGCCCCGGCCUGCGGCGACGUCAUGAAGCUACAGGUGGAGGUGGACGAGAACGGCAGGAUCGUGGACGCCCGGUUCAAAACGUUCGGGUGCGGCUCGGCCAUCGCCUCCAGCUCGCUGGCCACCGAGUGGGUCAAAGGGAAAACGGUGAGGGAGCUCUGGGAAAGCUUCCGAGCGUCACACCCGCCUGUGCUCUCUGUCCAGAUCGCCCUGGCCAGGGAAUCCCGGCACUGCUUUGUGCUGGAGCUUAGAAGGCAGUGACUGCCAGCCCUGACU